CAGCACUGUGGUUAUCUGAAUGGCAGCAGAGGACAGGGAGGUGAUGGAAGCCCGAGGGGCAGGAGAAAGUUGCCCCACCCUCCCCAAGGUGGCACCUGGUGACACUAUGCCUGAAGGGAGGCCGAAGGCUUCUUUGGAUGCAGAGGCCCCAAAGAUAGAACUGCCUAUCUUAGAAGAGACUGGAACCUGUGAGGACAAAGAUUGUUCAGGCCCCCCUAAGUCACUGACCCCAAAGGCUGGCUCCACCACCAAGGGUCAGGCUGGCGAUGGGCCCGGACUAGAACCGAUGGAGCUGCCCCUGACCUUGGAGACAGAGCCCUACAACUCAAUGGAGCUGGAGAAGGUGCGCAUGGAGUUUGAACUGACUCGCCUCAAGUAUCUGCACCAGGAGAAUGAGCGGCAGAGGCAGCACGAGGAAGUGAUGGAGCAGCUGCAGCAACAGCAGCAUCAGGCUUUGCCUCGCCAGGUUUUCUCAGGAGGCCUCCAGGACCUCUUGCUCCCCCAGAACCAAUUCGCCAUGUUCCUGUACUGCUUCAUCUUCAUCCACAUCAUCUACGUUGCCAAGGAGAUGGUCUUCUUUCUCUUCUCCAAGCAUUACCUGUUCUGCCUCGCAGCCAUCUUGCUGUGCUUGAUUAAAACCUUGUGGUCCUAUUCCCAUGUGCCUUUGCUCCUCCUUCCGUUGCUGACAAUGUCUUCCGUGCACCGGCAUGCCCCUCCCCUUCCAUCGUAG